AUGAUGCUUAGGCUGCGUUCAGUUGCCAGUGAUUCUAUAGUAAAUGGUACUCUGGCGACAAUAAUACAAGAACCGGAUGAUGCAUACGAUGCUGCUCAGUAUUUUAUUGAUGAUGUAAGGGAUCCGUGGAACGAAGAUGCCCUGGACAGAGAGCGUGUGUCCCAGCAUGCUCAGCUUCGCGAGCUGGUGGUUCGUGGAGAUGCUGCGGCCUUGAAGACGAGACUGACUUCCCUAGGAACAGCUGGUGGGAUUGUCGCCAACUUGACACCUGGUGGAGCUAACACCUUGCUAUAUGUCGCUUCGGAGCUAGGAGCAACUUCAGCUGCAGCUGCUUUAGUUGCAGCAGGUGCUGAUGGUCGAGCUCAUCCUGUUACUAAAUACGGCCCGCUGUAUAUAGCUUGCUACCACGGACACCUGGACAUAGCUAAGCUACUGCUGCAACAUUUCCCAGAAGCCGUGCAGCAAGAGACAGUUGAGAAAUGGCUGCCUCUUCAUGCGGCCUGUAUCGGGGGUCACCCAGCGCUGGUGACGCUGUUGUUGGAGUACAACUACCCUGAACACUUGCUGACUACCUACACGGACGCCUCUGGUAAAUGGCAGUACCGUUUUCCGUUUGACGUGAAUGCUCGAGACGCGAGCGGUCAGACGGCGCUGUACGUCGCGUGUACCCUGGGCAACGCGGCCGUCGUUGACGCGCUAUUGGAGUUUACAGUACCAGUAUUCACAAAAGGUGAUGAUCAUUCUCCCCCCACCCCAGUUCCGUCCCCCGCGUCGGUGGUAAGUCCUCAACGGAGCGGCAUCUCCCUCGGGAUCCACGCCAUCGUGAGCAAACUAACAUCUACCAAACCGAUCACUCCGUGUCCGGAGCAGGGCGUGCAGCGCGUCCGUCCAGUGCGCGUGGAGGCGUCGCGCGGCGUGGACAGCUGUGUGGCGUGCGCCGCGCGGCUCGGACACGCGCGGGUGCUGAAGAAGUUACUGGCGGCGGGCGCCAGGGCUGACACUAGCGCUAUGCCUCCACAGGACCUGACAGAUAGCCGUGACAUUCGACGUCGUUCGCGCAGCGCGUCCGUAGCCCGCAGCAGAGACUCUCCCUCACCGGGGCGAGCUAACUACAACGAUGAUCAGGGACCCUGGACGGCGUUGGCAGUAGCUGCUCGCGCCAAGAACGUCCAAAUAGUUGAGAUGUUACUGGCGGCAGGCGCUACGGACCCCGGGGGCCGCGCGCUCAGAGAGUGCGCCAGACACGGGCUGGCGGAUCUAUUGGCGGCGCUAUUAGCUACCAGGGCAUAUCCGGAUCCCGAGUAUAAAAUCAACAAGUCAGUACUAAGCGAGCGAGUUCUAAAAUCCCGGGACGUUGACCCCGGGCUGUCUUACCGGGCCAAGUGUCCCAGCACAGCGGUUCUGAUCAAUUGGAGGGAGAUGAAGGCACAUCUAACACAUAUCAAGAUGAGUUGGGUCCGUACAGCCGCCGCCCGGGUCAACCCUCGUGUGUCUGUUCCGGGGGCGGCGUUGCUCGCUCUCACUAGGCUCGAACUAGCUAACAACGAGCUCCGGGUGCUGCCCAGAGAACUGUUCGGAUUGAUCAGCUUAAGAUAUCUGAAUGUAGCUCAAAACAAGCUGGAGCGUCUGCCGACUGCAGAAGAUCCCUUCGACGAAGAAUUGGAGAACAGAAGUAGGAAGGCGAGGAAAGUCAAGAGAUGUUCUGAUGUUUACACCGGACCAGUACUGCAAGAACUAUACUUACAGGAUAACCGUUUGGAGGAGCUGCCUCCCGAGCUGUUUUCGCUACCAGCUCUUUCUAGUCUGGACGUGUCCAAUAAUAAACUUCGAGCUCUUCCACCUCAUAUAUGGAGAGCACCAGCCUUAAGGGACCUCAACGCAGCACUCAACCACCUAAAGGAACUGCCCACUGAUGAUGGUGUAGUGGAAAGCAAGCAGUCUCCAUCAGAGCCUUCCCCGGGCGCUUCGCCUUCCGUGCCAUCGGCGCCCUACAGCUUUGAACAGAAAUCAACAUCUCGCAGUCCAUCCAUCGCGAGUGAAUCGUUUGACGAUGAAGAUAUCCCGGUGUUGGGCAACAGGGCGGGACAUGCUGUUUCAUCAGAAGUCCGUCGCGCCCACGAGUGGCGCGGCGCCAGGGCUCCUUCCCCCGGGGGCGUGUCCCCAGUUUCUGGCAGUUGCCUGUCAUCCCUCAACCUGGCUCACAACCAGUUCUCGUGCGUCCCCGCAGCACUCGCCUGCAAAGCACCAGCGCUCACCAGACUUAAUAUGGCGUACAAUAAUUUGAGGUCAAUGUCCUUCGUGACGUCAUAUCCGACCAGCCUGCGUCAGUUGGACCUGAGCCACAACGAGAUCACCUGCUGGCCGAGUCUGCCGCAGGUGGAGAGUUUCGGUAGUUCAGAGGGGGAUCCCCUCGCGUGUUAUUGUUCAAGCAGGCCGGCUCGCUCCAGGCCAAGAUCUACGGGCUCCGUGAGGUCGCAGCUGAUGAGCGCCGCCUGCGCUGCCAGGAGACAUCUACGACUGGAGGGACUGAGGACUCUGAUCCUGGCUAACAACAUGUUGACCCGCAUCCAGUUAACCACUGAUGAUGACGGCUUGGCAGCGGCCACAGACACGGCGGGAGAUGAAAAUGAUGAUGAAUGGAGUCGUAACGGCAGCGUGAAGGCCCGUCUGCUGUUCCCGCUGCUGUCCAUGUUGGACGUGUCGUGUAACCUGCUGCGGGCCGUGCCGCCCGCGCUGCACCUGCUCACCAACCUGGCCGUGCUCAACCUCAGCGGGAAUAAAGAUAUAACUGAUCUUCCGCCGCAAAUGGGUCUUUUGACUCGCCUAUGGAACUUGAACACCGUGGGCUGUUCACUGCAGGAGCCCUUGCGGUCCGUGGUCCGAGGGGGGCGAAGCCGCAGCGUUGACGUGGUGGGUUAUCUACGCUCCGUAUUACAAGAGGCGAAGCCCUACACCAGGAUGAAGCUUAUGGUAGUCGGAGUACAGGGUAUAGGCAAGACCAGUCUCCUAGAGUGUCUGCGCCAGGAGUCACCGAUGCACCUCCGCCGGAAGCCCAGUGAGCACUGGGCGAAACGUAUGGGCAACAAGUCAUCCAGGCGUGGAGUGUCAACGGUGGGCGUGGACAUUGGAGCAUGGGUGUACGAGCCGCAGAGGUCCACGCGUGGACCACUCACCUUCAGGACGUGGGACUUCGGUGGACAACAGGAAUACUACGCAACCCACCAGUAUUUCCUAUCCCGGAGGUCACUGUACCUUGUAUUAUGGAAGGUAACGGAUGGACGCGCCGGGCUGGCCGGGGCCUUGCAAUGGCUGAGAUCUAUACAAGCCCGCGCCCCGGGCUCGCCCGUCAUCAUGGUUGGAACACACUACGAUCAAGUUAGCAAUAGUCAGUCGUACGACAGCGAGAGCCCGGCCACCCUGCAGCGACUCAUACGGGGAGCUAUCAUGGCGGCUCCCGACGCUGAUAAGCUGGGGCUGCCCAAGGUCAUGGACUCUAUAGAGGUGUCGUGCAGUUCUCGACAUAACAUCAAGAUCCUCGCUGACAUCAUAUACUCCGUCGCGUUCAGUGUGAAGCCUCCAGGUAGCAAGGAACCUCUAUUAGAACAGCGAGUCCCAGCUACAUACUUGGCGCUAGAGGAAUGUGUGCACGCACUUGCUGAGAGGGCGGAGCCUGUGCUGAGGAGGGACGAGUAUAGGAGAUUGGUGACCCAGUACAUGCAGCAGAGGAACCUGCGGACCUUCCGCGACGCUGCGGAGCUUCACCAGGCAACCAUGUUUUUACAUGAGAAUGGUGUUCUCCUCCACUACGACGAUGCGACCCUCAAGGAGCUGUACUUCCUGAACCCUCAGUGGCUGUGUGAUGUACUGGCUCACGUGGUCACUGUGAGAGAGAUCAACCCAUUUGCUACCAACGGUAUAAUGCGUGUAGAGGACCUGUCCCUCGUGUUCAAGUCGUCCCCGGUGCUGGGUGGCGGGGAGGAGGCUCGCUCGCUGGCCGUCUCGCUCCUCAACAAGUUCGAGCUGGCUCUGUGCUGGGACGCCAGGUCGCUGCUGGUGCCGCCGCUGCUGCCGGCCGCGGAGCCGAGGCAGCCACAGUUGUUCCUCAAGUCUCGCGCGUGGCCCGGCACUCCACGUCGCGCCGCUCACCUCUCAACGUUGAGUGAGGCGCCUCAUUCUGACUCACCGGGACUCAUACACGACAGCCCGAUAUCCGUGUCGUGCCGCUCGGGCGGGCGCGCUCUCCGCCGCCUGUUGCUUCUAUCGUACGUGCCGCGCGGGUUCUGGGCCCGGCUGUGCGCGCGGGUGCUGGCUGACCCAGCUCUGCCGCAGCACGCGCCAAGACUGUACUCAGCACCGCCUGAGUUGGAGUUAGAUGAGACAGUAACCAAGGCGUUGGAGUUAAACUGGGGCUGGAAACUCUGGAAGACGGGCCUCAAGCUAGUGUGUGGAGACCUGGAGAUGCUCGCGAUGAGGGAGCUGAGGCCCAGAUACGACCCGCUGCUGGGGGCUGUGGGGGACGAAGACGAGCCUGAUGAGAUGUACCACUGUAUCAGGUUCCGCGUCCGUCAGGAGGGCGCGUGGUGCGAGCUGGACGUGCAGUCCUCGGCCUGCGUGGAGAUCCAGCUGCCGGCGCAUGUAUGUGUGCUAAGGAGGGACUCGGGCAUGCCCGUGGCGGGAUGUCAGAGUUUGAGCCUGGAGCCUAACCCGGAGGUGUUGACGAAGCUGCUGGCGCUCAUCUCGGACCACGUGGACCUAUUGCUAGAGGACUGGUAUCCAUCGCUAGGCACACGUUUCGUUCACACGUCAGAAGGCAGAUGUCUCAUAACUCGCGUGGCGCCCUGCCCGGCCUGUCUCCGGGACGCUGCUGACCACGACCACGCCCACAACGCCCACCAUUAUGACCACGAUAACGACAGACAUAUGGCACAAGUGUUGGGUCGUCUGGAACUAGGGGCGGAGCGCCGGCCGCGCGGCUCGCAGGAGUCCCGGACUUCGGACGGGGACAGCGGCGUGGGCGCGGACUCAAACACGUCCUCUCGCGUGGGUUCGUCGGAGGGAGUGAGCGCGGGCCGCGUGUCCGCCACGUGUUGGACCCUCGAGGAGUGUGUCCUGUCCGCCUGCACCUCCUCGCCGCUCGUGUGUCCCAGACACCCAGAGGUGCAACUGGCGGACGUCGCGCCAGACACGCUGUUAUUGGACGUGGAGGAAGAGAAGCGAGCUCGUUGGGAGGAGGUCUCCCGGAGCGCCGUGGCGGGUCGCGGGGCCUUCGGGACCGUACUGACGGGCGUGUGGCGGAGGAGGGGCGCAGCCCUACCCGUCGCCGUGAAGGCCCUGCAGCCGGUGGCGCCCCCCGCACAUACUGAUGUACACGCGUUGCAGGCCUAUAAGGCGGCUGUGUCCCGCUGGGAGCGUGACCCGUCCGGCGGCGCGUGUCGCUCGUACUGCGGCCUGCGCCAGGAGUUAGGCAUCUUGUCCCGUCUGCGGCACGCGCACGUGCUGCCGCUGCUGGCCGUGUGUGCUGCACCACUGGCACUGCUGCUGGCUGUCGCGCCGCAGGGGUCGUUAGAGAGCGCUCUUCGUCGGUACCGUGGGUGUGGGGCCCGAGUGGGGCCUAGAGUCGCUCGGGCCUUAGCCCUACAAGUGGCGCGGGCCUUGGAGUACCUACACGCACACAGGGUGCUCUACCGGGACCUUAAGUCUGAGAACGUGUUGGUGUGGUCACUGCCGGCGCCCGAGGAGGCGCGCGCGGCUGAAGCGGAGGCCACGUUGAAUGUACACGUCAAGUUGGGAGAUUAUGGUAUAUCCCGGCUGGCCCCACCUUCGGGGACCAAGGGCUUCGGCGGCACCGAGGGGUUCAUGGCGCCCGAGAUCAUGAGGUACAACGGAGAAGAAGAAUAUACGGAGAAGGUGGACUGUUUCUCAUACGGCAUGUUGCUGUACGAGAUCUUCACUCUCCGCCAGCCGUUCGAGGGUCACGAGGCGGUCAAGGAGGCCGUGUUAGAGGGAGCCCGGCCGCCGCUCACACCGAGGGAGCUACAGUACCCUGUCAGUAUGCUCGACAUGAUGCGUCGUUGUUGGAGCGGAGCCCCGGAGCUUCGCCCCUCGGCCGCCGCCCUAGUCGCUCUAUGCGCGGCGCCCGAGUGCGCUUCACUGAGGGACGCCGCCGCCGCCCGGGCCUCCAGACCAGUGACCGCGUCGCCGCUACGACUUGAAGACGGGGAGGGCUGUGAACUGUGGUAUGGAGGGGCGGAGCCCGAGAGACUGCACGGCCUCAUGAUCAGUCAGGAUCGGUUCAAGAAACAUCAUACAUUGAGAGUUCCACCCGACGAGUCUUCCCCGGUACUAGUGACGGCCUUGUCCCGGGCAGGCCCACGGAUUUGGGCGGGCGACUCCGUAGGGCGGGUGUUCGUGUACAGCGCCUCUACUUGCGAGCUGCUGUGGAGCGCCCGCGUCACUGAGGCCGUGGGCGGAGCGCCCGGGGCCGUGGCCGCGCUCAUACACCUACAACCACUGCCUAGGAUGGCGCUGGCAUUGGCUUGUGGCAGAUUGUUCCUGGUGUCUUCAGAGCGACCUGUUCCAGAGACAAGUUUCGUGUUGACGGAACUUGGAACAGCGACGGAGUUAUGUUGCCUGGCGCUGGUCCCAACAACGACAUGUACGGAGUUAUGGGCUGGCGGUGAUCGUCUGUAUACCUACUCCUUAUCCUCCGAGGGUGUGUCAUCAGCUGAUAGCGUGGACGCACCACAACCUGGACCCCUCACACUACUGGCAACCGCUGGAACCGUGGUCCUAUCAGCGUGUAAGACUGACACGUGUGUGUACUCGUGGUGUGUAAGGAGCAGGCGCGUGUUGUGUCGUUUGGACUGCAGUAAACUGGCUCCUUGCUCCGAAAGCCUUCAGUCCAUCGCCAUAGAAGAUACACCAGGGAGAGAGAGAUGCAGGGUGACAGCGCUAUGUUCCAGCUCAUCCCAAGCGCUGGUGGGUACCGCGUGGGGUUGUAUAGUGGUCGUUGACCCCGCUACCCUCAGACCGAUCACAGUAUUCAGGCCGUAUGAGGAGGAGGUUCGCGCUAUAGUGUCUCUACCCUCACUGUCGGCCGCGGAGGACGGGCCGCUAGUGGCGACGUUCGGCGCCGGCUACAGGCCACUGUUACAGAGAUACGCGCCCGCACAGUCUAACAAUAGCAGCACUUACUCCGGAUUCUACUGUCUAUUAUGGAGGGCUCAGCAUUGGCUACCAGAAUGA